AUGGCGGAAAUGGUGGACGAAAGCCUGGACCGGACCGUCGAGCGCUGUGCUUCCUUGCUGAUGACGACAAACCAGGACGACCUGCAAGCGGGAAUCAACCUGCUGAGUUGCAGUCUGCACAUGGACAACCCAGACGUGACGAAACAUUCCAGGUUACUUCAAGAGGUUGCCGCGUAUCGGGGUGGGAUCCUUCUAGGGCGACUGCUGUUAUCUUUGCUGAAGGAGACUCCUAAUGGGACCGAAUCAAAGCAAGUGCUGGAGGGAUAUUUCACCUUGGCGCUCUCGAUCCUUUCAGCAAGCAAGGUCGUUGUGGAGCGCUGCUUGAGGAGCGACGGAACCAGAGCGGAACCGGAAAUUGCCCUGAAGAUUUGUGCUGCGCUGAUCCACCGGAUUGUAGGCAACGCACGGAAUCUACCAAAGAGCGAAGAUUUGCGGCACCUAAGCGAAAUCGCGAUAGCCGACUCCUUGGAGUGCCUCGUCAACUUUGCGCGGGGUUCCAAGAGAUUCCGAGACGCCUUGAGAGACUCAUUGGAUCAGAGGAGCGGCUUCGAACAAUUCAAAGAUCUUCUAGAUGCGGAGUUUCUCAGCAGCCUGUUCGCGCCAGUUGCGCUGAAGAUCCGGCUCCAUCUAUCCAGUCUCGCGGUCAAUCUCGCAUUCUCAGCAGACAGUCAAUCGUGGGCGAUCGACAUGGGCUUGCUCAAACUGGUAGCGGCGAUCUACGAAGCGUCCCCUCUUCAGGAGCUUUCCGCUCCAUCCCAGCGGCGGAUGGCUCCGGCGUUCCGCUGCAACAAAGUCCUGCUCCGCUUGCUCGCGGAGGAUACCACAGCGGAAAAGCUCCGCGCGCACAACGCGUUCUCAGAGUUCCGGCCCCACCAGCGGAAGAUCCACGACGCGGAACCGGAGCCCAACCCUUGGCAGUUCUUCGAGCAGAGGCUGCGCGGCGUGACAUUCAGAGCCGACACGCCGGCGAUUCUGGCUCAGGACUGGAAACUCGUGGAAGAAAGCUGUAGCGGAAGCGUUCCGGCCCAUGUCGUUUGCGCGUACAAGGGGUGCGCGGCCAGCCGCGAGCCCGUCGUCGGGAAGGGUUUCAGCAAGUGCGGGCGGUGCCACGUGGCGCGCUACUGCAGCAAGGAGCACCAGAAGCUGCACUGGGCGACCCACAAGGUGCACUGCAAGGAAUUUUGGGCAGGCGAAGGGGCCUUGUAG